AUGGCAGGGGUGAUACUGCUCACUGCCAAGGAAGACAUCUCACUGUACGAUCACGCCCUAGGCCAUGCCCCUGCGCCUGCUGCUACUGCCGACAGCUCUACCCGCUCACAGUGGCAGACUCAUGACGCCCACGCUCGCUUUGCUAUUCGCAACUCCCUGCCGCUAGAAGAGCGCGAGCACUUUGGCCAGCACAAGACUGCACAGGACCUGUACAAAGCUGUCGUUGCCCGCUACUCCUCGCCUGCCUCUGCCGCUCUAGGCCGUCUCUCGCUUCCCUACCUGUUCCCCGACCUGUCCUCUUUCCACACAGUCGCUGACCUCAUCACCCACCUCCGUACUAGUGAGGCCCGCUUCCGUGCUGCCAUGCCCGCCGAGUUCCUUGCCAAGAACCCUCCCCCGCUCUGGCUCACUCUCUACCACCUAGUCACCCGCCUCCCUGACUCUCUGCGUGCAGUCAGGGAUUCCUUCCUAGCUCGCUGCCCUACUGAGCUCACCAUUGCCCUCCUCGAGAAGGAACUACUUGCAGCUGAGGCUAGCAUAGUCGCUGUAGGUGCCUCUCGUGGCGACCCCCGCACCCCGUUCUUUGAGGGGUGUUCUCCUUCCCCCCUUCUUCCCUCUGUCGCCUCUGCUGCUGCUGUCGACCUCCUUGGUGCUGAGAAGUGGGGGAGGAGGUGGUGGGGGCGGUGGCGGCGGUGGGGUGGUGGCGUGGCUGGAGGGGUGAGUGGUGGCGGUGGGGGGGGUGGCGGUAGCGGCGGGGAAGGUGGCAGAGGCGGGGGCGGUGGUGGGGGUGGCGGUGGACGUGGAGGCGGCACGGGUUGGGGUGGUCGAGGAGGUGGGAGCGGAGGUGGUGGUCGUGGAGGCGCUGGUGGUGGCCAGAGCCAGCAGCACACUCCGUCGCUCCAGGAGACGUGUGGGAGGGCCCACACCGCGCAGCGCUGCUUCUCUCGUCUCGACGACGCUUGGCGUGUUCAGUUCCCUCAGGCCUCUGAGCUGCCCCGCUGGAUUGAUCUCCUGAAGAAGGGGAUUGAUAUCUAUGCUCUAGACUUUGAUGCUAUUCUCACUGCCAUGUAUGUGAUGUCUACUAGUGGAGAGGGUGCUGAGUACCUGUGUGUUCCGCCCGACCCGGGCAUUAGGACCAGUGAGUCUGCCGCUUCAGGUCCGCGCGUGUCUGCUACCUCAGGUGCUGGUACGGCUGCUGCUCUAGGUGCUUGUGCGUCUGCGCCCACUGAUACUGAGUCGACUGCAGCACUGCACACCUUCACACUGGACUCAGGUGCUUCUCGCUGUUUCUUUCGUGACCGCACUGCCCUUGAGCCACUUGCUCGGCCAGUUGCUGUCUCCCUCGCUGACCCCUCCGGGGGACCAGUCGUGGCGACCUCCUCCACUGUCCUUCCCUGUCCUGCGGUCCCGUCGGGCACACUGUCCGUUCACCCCGGCCUACGAGCGCGUGACGCACUGCACGUGUGCCCGUACGGGCCGCCACUUGGCUACCUUCACUCGGCAGCCGGGGUCGGACCUGUACACACUGACCACUGA